UGGGUUCGAUGCCCGGAGAGGUUAUGGAGUGCCUCCGCAGCAGCAGGUCAUGUACGGCUAUCAGCCGCCGCCUGCAAGAACUGCAUAUCAACAGCAUCCCGUAAAUGUCAUGUCUGCUUCUUCACUACCAGGACAAGGAUAUAGCAUGCAACCACAAUAUCCUGUAAAUGGGCAAUCGGCCAGACCACAAUCGCAGACUUACAUGGCUUCUCCUGGGAUGUCAGUUAUGGGACAGGCAAUGCAACAACCGCAUUAUUCCAUGUCUCAUACACAAUAUCAGCCGCAGGCACUUCCGUUCCAGAGCCAUCCCCAAAACCCUCAGUCGUUAUCUCAACUUCUGGUAACCCAACAAUAUCAAACCCAACGAUACAUGCAUCCACAAGCUGUACAAGCCUAUCAGAUGGAUGGUGCUCCAGGCUACUCUCAUCCGGGAAUGCGCCAACCGACAGGAAAUUCAGUUCAACAUGCGCCUUCGAGUCAGCAGCAACCACGUCACCAACCAAAUCCUAACCAUACCGCUACCACUGGAGCUCCUCCAAGAUUGCCAUCUAUCUCAAACACUCCCUCAAGGCCACAACAGCCACAACCAAAACUCCAAGAACAUCAUGCUAGGACACCGUCGCAGUCACACCCUCAACCUAUUACAUCGCCAUUGCAGUCGCACGAUAGGACAAUCAGUCAGCCUCAACCUAGAGCGACUCCUCGACCGCACAAGCAUGCCAUGUCUCCACCUCAGCCACAGUCACGACAAGAGCCGUCGUCUAACCCUCAAAUCCAACCAGCAUCUCAGCAACGGCCCACAGCGCAGAUACGUACUCCACAAGUGGUCAUCGAAACGAGACGACCUUCAUCACAAAAACCACCAACACCAGUGCCAUCACGGGCGUCUGCGCCUCUGCCUCGAGAGUCGGCCAUAGACUUGCAACCAGUGCUCCUAGGCUUAGCUGAUCAGUAUAUCAGCAGAGCUCACGGCAUGUCUUCAUACUUAGCGCGCUCUCCCCAAGACGCCGAUAUCGAUCAAUACUACAGUCUCAUAUCUGCUGGUCUCGGCUGCAUGGAAUCAGUUCUGAACAACUGGAAAUUUCCGGAUCCAAAGGCUGAGGCGCGGCUGCAAUUACGAUAUGCAAAUCUUCUCCUCGAAGAGACUGAAAACGAUGGGGAAUUGCAGGAUUUGCUUACAAGGGGCAUUGCCUUGUGUGAACGAAACCGCCUAGUUGAUCUGAAGUACAGCAUGAAGCAUCUUCAAGCUCGGUCCUUGUUUCGCACACAUCCUCGAUCUGCUUUCAAGAUGCUGGACCAGCUGAUUGACUUCACCGAGACAUAUGCACAUUAUUCCUGGAUGUACGUCUUUCGGUUCUUGCGAGUAUCUUUCUCCCUCCAACUAUCGCGUCCGGACUUAUCAGCAGCUUUGCAACAGCUCCGUCGCAUCUCCCAACAUGCGGAGAAGCAGAGACAGUAUCCCAUACUCACUACGUGUUCAGCUCUUGAAGCACUGGUGCAUCUGAGAAGUGGUCAAGCAGACUCAGCGGAUAAUUUCCAAAGAUCGCUAGCGGCAGCACGUACUCAUCAACUGAAUCGCGAAGUCACUGAUAUUUCUCAAGUUGCGACCUUGCUGGACUGCCUGGAUCUGUGUAGUGAUCUAGUCGGCGGCAAGCCAGAACAGCUUUUCGACAAAAUGAAUGUCAUGCAAAAAGCGCUAGACGGCGGCAAGAGAAAUAACUCUCCAGAUGGAAGCUUCUGUGUACCGACUGCAGAUCCUGCACCUGAAGACAUUGCUCUCGAUACAUGUGGUAUCAUGGAGAGAACAGAGGAUGGAAAACGUGCCAUCGUCUUCCAGUGGUUGCGCAGGAGUGAACUGUUUGCUCUAGGAUACAUCUUCAGCGGCCUGGCCAGCUCCAGUAGGAACGUUGUUGAUCACAAGUCUGAAAAGUAUGUGAUAGAGGGCGACAAACUCACACAUAUCCAGUCACUCCAAUGCUCCUCGGCUCACUUUGAUCGACGCAUGUUUUAUCAUAGAUUGUGCUUGCAGUUGCUCGCUUCGCUCAAAUGCGAGCGUGCUGACUGGCAAGGAGCCCAAGAAGUUCUAUCACGGUUGAACGCAGAGCUGAGGGCUGAAGACGUCGACGAACAAGACUUUGUCCAAGUAUCGACGAUCUAUCUGACGGGUACGGUCAAACAGGCAACAGGAGAUCUUGAAGGCGCACUGGAGUGCUACAAAAACCCAGCUUUGACAUUACAGGCCGGGCAGAAAACCGCGACAAAUCAAGAUCUUCGCAUCCUGGCCACACUCAACAUGAUUUUAAUCCUCAAACCUCGUUUGGAGUCGCAGGACCACGUCAGCCAUCUCAUGGACCUUGCAGAACCGCUAUGCGAAAGCCACCCGAACCCCAAUUACAGAUCUGCAAUGUAUAUGGUCAGAGCAUCGUCGACAAGGGGCAUGCCUGUUCUCAAGAUGAAGCACUACCUGUCAAGCUCAGCCAACAUUGCCNNAAAAAAGCAGCAGAACGUAUUCUUGCUCUGUGUGGCAAUCAACCUGAUGACAUCGAGUUUCUUCGUGAACAUUAUAGGUGAAAAGGCAGAGUUGUCAGCGGGCUCAGGNAAAAGGCUUGCCGAUAGAGUACAGGUGCCAAUGUGGCAGGCCGUUUCUAGUCAGCUGCUGGGAAACACGCUCAAUUUCGGUGGCAGGCGUGCAGAGGGAAAUGAAGCAAGAGUCGAAGCAUAUAAAUGGAUGCAGAUGGUGCCUGAGAGGAUACAAGAGAAGUUCGAGGUCACUCGC